AUGGUCCGCAAGACGAGACAACUCAUCGUGAGGAGUAUCGAUACCGGCCCCCUUGCGCAGGGCGCCGAACUUGAUACUCUUCACCUCGAACAGAAGCGCUUGUAUCAAAUCCACAGCACUCGAGUGCCACACGGGAUGAUCACGGAGAAUGACAGCAAUCCUUUCCAGACGCGACAAAGAUCGGUACCAUCGAUUGGCAUAGAGCUGAGCUUCCUCGGUCGACAAGGGACGUGGGAGUUUGCGGGGAAGGAAUUCGGGGAUGAUACUAUCUACAUACCAUUUGGAGUCGGUCUUCUCACAUCCUUCCUGUUCUUCCAUUCGUCGUAG